ACAUCACUGGACAUCAUGUAUGGAUUCAUCAACACCUGUCUGCAGUCUCUUGUGACGGAGAAGUUUGGUGAAGAGACAUGGGAAAAACUGAAGGCUUCUGCAGAAGUGCAAGACGCCUUCAUGACCUACACCGUGUACGACGACAGCAUCACCAUUAAGCUCAUUCAAGAAGCCUGCAAGGUCCUGGAUGUAUCCAUGGAAGCCAUUCUGAAGCUCUUUGGAGAACACUUCUUCAAGUUCUGUAAGGUGUCUGGCUAUGACAGGAUGCUGCGGACCCUGGGAGGAAAUCUCACGGAGUUUAUUGAAAACCUAGAUGCCCUUCACAGUUACCUGGCACUGUCUUAUCAGGAAAUGAAUGCUCCAUCCUUUCGCGUAGAGGGAGGAGUUGACGGGGCAAUGCUUCUCCAUUACUACUCGGACAGAAAUGGCCUGUGCCACAUUGUACCAGGCAUCAUUGAAGCUGUGGCCAAGGACUUUUUUGACACUGACGUGGCCAUGAGUAUCCUUGACAUGAAUGAAGAGCUGGAGAGGACAGGGAAAAAGGAACAUGUCGUGUUUCUGGUUGUGCAAAAGGCUUCCAGACAGAUGAGAAUGGCAAAGACAAACAGGUCACAGGACGGUGAGGACAUCGAUACAGAGCAAGAGGCUCUCAAGACAAGGCUCCUUAGGAAGAAGGAGAAAGUUUUGAACAGCGCUGUUUGCCCUGGGGAGAAAUCUCACUGGGAUGUGAGGGCACCAGUCAUGUCUGGAAAUGGGCCCCUCGGGGACACCUUCCAGCCUGUCUAUCCCGAGAGACUGUGGGUUGAAGAGGCGGUGUUCUGCAGUGUUUUUCCUUUCCACCUUGUUUUUGACGAAGCACUAAGGGUCAAGCAAGCCGGAGUGAAUAUUCAGAAGUAUGUCCCUGGCCUCCUGACCCAGAAGUUUGGGAUAGAUGAGUAUUUCUCCAUCAUCCACCCUCAAGUCACCUUCAGCAUCUCUAGCAUCUGCAAGUUCAUUAACAGCCAAUUUGUCUUGAAGACAAGAAGAGAAAUGAUGCCCAAAGCAUGGAAGAGCCAGCCGGCACUCAAACUCCGGGGCCAGAUGAUCUGGAUGGACUCUCUGCGCUGCAUGAUCUUCAUGUGUUCUCCCAAGCUCCGCAGUCUGCAAGAGCUGGAGGAGAGCAAGAUGCAUCUCUCUGACAUCGCUCCCCACGACACCACCAGGGAUCUCAUCCUCCUCAACCAGCAGAGGCUGGCAGAGAUGGAGUUGUCCCGCCAGCUGGAGAAGAAGAAGGAGGAGUUGCGAGUCCUCUCCAAGCACCUGGCCAUCGAAAAGAAGAAGACAGAGACCUUGCUGUAUGCCAUGCUGCCUGAACACGUGGCCAACCAGCUCAAGGAGGGCAAGAAGGUGGCUGCAGGAGAAUUUGAGACGUGUACAAUCCUUUUCAGUGAUGUGGUAACAUUUACCAACAUCUGUGCGGCCUGUGAACCUAUCCAAAUAGUGAACAUGCUGAACACAAUGUACUCCAAGUUUGACAGGCUAACCAGUGUUCACGAGGUCUACAAAGUGGAAACAAUCGGUGAUGCUUACAUGGUGGUAGGCGGAGUACCAGUGCCUGUUGAGAGCCAUGCCCAGAGAGUCGCUAAUUUUGCUUUGGGGAUGAGAAUUUCUGCAGAAGAAGUGAUGAAUCCUGUCACUGGAGAGCCCAUCCAGAUCAGAGUGGGAAUCCACACGGGACCAGUCUUAGCAGGUGUUGUGGGAGACAAGAUGCCUCGGUACUGUUUGUUUGGUGACACUGUCAACACAGCCUCUAGGAUGGAAAGUCACGGGCUUCCCAACAAAGUGCAUCUGAGCCCCACGGCCUACAGAGCCCUGGAAAACAAAGGGUUUGAAAUUGUCAAGAGAGGAGAGAUCGAAGUGAAAGGAAAAGGAAAAAUGACCACGUACUUUCUGGUCCAGAAUCUGAAUGCCACCGAGGACGAGAUCAUGGGGCGACCUACAGUUGUCACCGAUCAGAAAGGUAAGCAUAUCCACAAGACUUGUCCUCAGUGUCGGAUGUUCCUCACUGAGCUCUGCAGAGCUUCAGUGUCUGACGAAGUCACACCUGCUGGGAGCCCUGUGGCAGGGCCAGACUCCACGGAUGCAGCCAAUGGCCAGCCACCGCCAGAUCAGACCAAGACAAGUUUCCCUGCUAGUGGUCCCGAGCCGUCUGUCUUCUGUGUUGUUUUGUGAUCAGGAAAAAGAGCGAACCUAUGUGGCUCAUUUCUUUUCAUCAAUGGCAGCGAAGACAAUUAACUUAGAAUAUUUUGGAAGUCCAAAAUGUUUCCGACUGCAUCUCUUUCUGCGAGGUUUGGAAACUGCUUUGUAGAAAUGGGUCACGGCCAGCCACAAACGGGCUGGAGCUGUAUCUCUUCUAGAUAUUGACUUGGCCUGUGUCUGUUUCUGUUUGCUUGCUCUCAGCUCCAUGGCUUUCCAAUCUCUGCCUCUGAAUCGGUGUCCUAGGGUCCAUCUUCACAGGACACCCUGACUUUGGGUUCCAGCAUGCCAUUUAACUGCAAGUGGGAGGGGAAAGGAAGAGAAGCUGGAGAAGAGAGGCCCAGACCCUGCAGUUUCUAAACUGUUACCCACUAAGACAGCCGGGCUGGGGAAGGCACUGGGCCAGUGAAAGGAAGUCAUUUUACUUUCCGGAUGCUCCACACGUCACCCUGGAACCGCCAUUUAUCCUAUUAAACACUGCUAGAGACGAUCUUCCCGGUGUUGGGUGUGUUGUUACCUUUCUAUUCUUUGUUAAAACACCAUGACCAAGGCGACUUAUAGAAGGGAGGGUUUAUUUGGGGUUUCCGGUACCAGAGAUGUACGAGUCCAUCACUGGCACAUGGGGAAGGAGGGCCAUUCUCGUUCAAUCCACCACACCUGGGAAGCUUGGUCAGGCUGAUAAAAGACUCACAGGGCUUCGCACACCUCCAGUGCAGCAUCAUUUGGUCUGGAAUCUUCUGCGGGUUGAGGUCCCAGAAUCCAGUAUGAACUCUUACUGAACCAAUUAGCUCAGGGAAGGUCUAUGUCCCUGCACACACCUGUACGUACAUACUGUGUUCUCACGCAAGCAUCUGGUAGUCUGCCUCAUGGCCACCAGCAGACCCGGGCUGUCACUCCGAUGAGAGACUUGCUGGACAGCAUGACUCUAGGUCGAACCCUUCCCAGAGCAGAAGGUUCCAGGGAACUUUCUGCUACAGCUACAGCUUGGCAGGGUCAUUUUACCCCAUAACCUUGCCUUGUUCAGACCCCUCUUAGCUUCUACCACUUCAGGGCAUCUCUCCCAGGCAUGGCCUAUCCAGAUGGCGGCAGAUGGCUGGUCCUCAGACCGAAGACUGACAGACUCAUUGGCCUCUAGCCAUGGAGGGAGGUGACAGUUUCCUAAAUACAAGGUUGAAAACACUCUCCACUGCAGGGGCAUGGAACUCAAAGCCGGGUUUCUAAGAGCCACAACACCCCUGCUCCCACUGUCUUGCAUACCACGACAGUCCUGGAUGGUAGAGGCAAAGUUCUUGGGCAUUGAGGAGGAGAGGGUAAUCUGCUGGGGCCCCUGUCUGUUGCUUUCUCCUCCAAGGGCCCUCUUUGUGCCCAGCCGAUGCCAAUUCCUGAUACUCCAGUCAGGCUUGGUGUCUUAUCUGUCUCCUGAGCUAAGACUUAUUCAUUCUUCCCAGGCUUCUGGCUUCCCUGUCCCUUCUUAGUCUUUUUCUUUCACUUCCAACUUUUCCUUCAGCUCAAGUUGUGUGAGAAAGAAAAGGAGCCACUCGCUGGUUGCCUGGCUGAGGGGGUGAGAUCAUUGUCGUCUGUCCGUUCCGCAGAGAGCCCGAGAAAGCAAGCGGAGGAACUUGUCCUCCGCAGAGGACCAUCUGGCUGCGACAGACUCAUGCUAAUCCGUGGCUUUCGUUUUCUUUAUUCCGUUUGGUUUGUUCCCCGGGAGCCACUCAUCUGCAGCUGUACAGUCAGACCUGGCCCCUAGGAAGGCAAGCGUUUAUUUGGGGAACACGUGCUUCUUCUCCCCACUCCCGUCUCUCUCGGAGGUGUCAGGAAGCCAUUCUUAUCCCUGGUGGGUUUCUGUGGCCUCAAUGUCAGGGCUGCACUUUCAAAUGGAAAUCAGGAAAUGGAAUUCGUCACACAGAGAACCCUGACAGAUGCAGAGGUUUGACACAACUGGCCCUGUCUGCGGGACCAAAGCACCUGGUGCUCCCCGAGGGACCAUUAAAUACAUAAAAUAUGUUCUGAGAGCACAGAAAAAUUCAAGAAUAUUUAAGUGUGUGAUGAGCAUUCAUAGAUGCGUGGCUGUUUAACCUCCAGACGUGAUCAUGAUACAUCAACCAACCGCCUGAGUCAUUCUUUAAAGGUGCCAUUGAAACGGGAGUGGGGGGAGCUACCCCAGAGUGUGGAUCUCAUCCUUUGCCCCAGUCUGCAAGAGAGCGCGUAUCUUUCCAGGCUAGGGCCUCGGACUUCAAAAUGUCCAGAAGAGCAAGCAUGAUCAUUCCUCCCACCUGACUUCGCUGGCUUCCCACUUUUGGGAGUGCCUGCAUGGUGCUCUUGAAUGUGCAGAAAGCAUCUUAGCUCUUUGUGGCAUCUGAAGUUGCACAGGAAGCAGCUAAGCCUGGCGUGCGGCUGCGUCGCUUGUCAC